UUUCAGGGGACCUCUAUCAGGACACUUUUACAGUAGUAGUAAUCGAAGCUUUGAAGAGACGAUUUCCUUCCUUGGGCAUUACAAAUUUCAAGAUGGAGGUGUCUCGAAAUUUCCACAUGAACUCUAAGAAUUCAGUAACCGGGUUUCAAAUGUCCAGAACCGAAUUGACUGGCUAUGUGGUGAUCUCGUUUCUCGUGGUGUUAUGGUGCCAUUAUAAAUGGACCCGAAGGCGUUUUGAGAAUUUGGCAGCCAAAAUGACGGGACCGCCGGCCUAUCCGAUCAUAGGUUCAGGGCUCGAGUUCGUCGGCACACCCCAACAGGUCAUAGAGAGAAUAAUCGAACUUUUCGAGAUUUAUGGUACCGAGCCUUUUAGAGUAUGGUUAGGCACAUCUCUGGGCGUUACCAUCAGUAAACCCGAGGAUGUACAGAUUAUAUUGAAUAGUUCCAAGGCUUUGGCAAAAGAUUCAUUUUACAAAUUUUUCAAGAAUACAGUAGGUGAAGGCCUUUUUUCAGCCCCAGUUCAUAAAUGGCGUAGACAUCGUCGUCUUAUAACUCCAGUUUUUAAUGCAAAUCUCUUGGAUCAGUUUUUCCCCGUUUUUAACGAAAAAAACCAGAUUUUGACUAGAAAUUUUAAGAAGGAACUCGGUAAGACCGAACCGUUUGACUUAAGUGACUACAUAGCUAAUGCUACCCUUGAUAUCAUAUGUCAAACCGCAAUGGGUUACAACCUCGACACACAAUCGAAUAGUGAGUCCGAGUUCGCCGAUGCAUUAACAAAGGCAUCAGAAUUAGAUGCCAUGAGAAUUUACAAACCAUGGCUGUAUCCUGAUAUAAUAUUUUCGUUAUAUACAAGGAUCACAGGAAAACAUAAAGUGUACAAAGCAUUACACAAACUUCCAAACCAAGUAAUCAAAGAAAUGAAAAUAAAAUACGCUCAGAAGAAGUUGGAAAACAAAUGUAGUAACAUAGACGUCACCGAUAGCGAAAAGAAACGCUUAAAAGUAUUUUUGGAUACUUUAUUGGACCUGAACGAUGCUGGUGCGAACUUCACCAAUGACGAGAUUAGGGAUGAAGUUGUGACCAUGAUGAUUGGUGGCAGUGAGACCAGUGGUAUCACAGUUUGUUUUUGUCUUUUAAUGUUAGCUAUUCAUCAAGAUAUUCAAGAUAAGGUGUACGAUGAAAUCUAUCACGUGUUGGGUGAUACCGACCAAUUAAUUACCAUCGAAGACACGACUAAACUUGUUUAUUUAGAACAAUGCAUUAGAGAAACACUUCGUCUGUACCCUAUAGGACCGUUGUUGCUCAGACAACUCCAGGAUGACGUUAAGAUAUUUUCUGGUAAUCACUUGCUGCCGAAAGGAACCACUUGCAUAAUAUCUCCGAUAUGCACACAUCAUAUCUCGGAACUGUACCCGGAUCCUUGGAAGUUUAAUCCGGAUAAUUUCGAUCCUCAGAACGUGGAAAAACGUCACAAAUACAGUUUUAUCGCUUUUAGUGGUGGCCCGAGAGGGUGCAUAGGAUCCAAGUAUGCCAUGUUGUCGAUGAAAGUGAUGAUAUCUACGUUUCUGCGGAACUACAGUAUCCACACGGACGUAAAAUUAAGUGACAUUAAAUUAAAAUUAGAUUUACUGAUGAGAAGUGCUAACGGUUAUCCCGCAACUAUCCGCACAAGAGACAGAAGACCGACGUACAAACGAAAUUAGUAGUAGAUUGUAUUUAAACUUAUAAUAAUAUAAUAUGACCAUUUGUGAUAUUUAUAUAAGAUAUUAUUAUACAUUAAAAAAUGUUAAUAAAUGCAAAUAUUAUUGACGUUGCUAGUUCGUGUUAAUUAUUAACAGGUCUUAUUGUAAGAAAAGUAUUUAGUAACUAGCCAUUUUAUUUUUAUUGUCUCCACGCCAGUGGUUUCCUAUUUGUGGUCCGCAGUGGUGUAGUACUGUA